GAGCAGCUGAGAGAAAAUGUAUAAGAGCGGAGCGCAACAGCCGCAGAAUAAAAGGCAACAGCAAAAAAGAGUCAGCGGGAAUUCUCUCGUAGAGAGAGAGAGAAGAAACAAGAAAAACCAAACAACAAAACACCACACAGCCUCUCUCUCUCUCUCUCCAAGUUGCUUGACUUGUGUUUUGUUUCUUUUUCAUAGGUGUCCUGUGGGAGUGCGAUGGUAUGCGGUGCUGGGGCGGGGGACAUAACCAAAAGGGUUUCUUUGAAAGAAAGAAAAAGGAAAUUUUUUGGGCCGAGUUCCUCGACUCCGCGGAUUCGCGCCGAUCCGGCCAACCCGAAACAGCUGAGAGUCUCAAAGGAAAAAAAGGAAAAUGGAUGCAGAGGGGUGGCAGAAGGAGGUUUUGAAGUUGAGCGGAGACGAGAGAGUCUUAGGAGAGCGACAACUUGAAAUCAGUCCAUCGGAUGUAUAGCGGCAGUUCCGACGCUCUCCGCAGCUCCGAUUCCGGCCAAGAACCUGAACUAGGGACCUCUUUUUUACAUCUCGGUCCGGGACUCGGACGUGUUUGGUGCUUUUCUUUCUUCUUCUUUUUGACUUUUUGUUUUGUUUGGUUCAUCGCGCGCCGAUGUAGUGUGAUCCGUCCGUCGAGUGUCUGUUGUUUUGUGUGUGCUGGAUGCAGUUUUCCCGGUGUCCCGACGUGCCGUGCUCCGCGUACUUUGACUGACUGACUCGCGGGCCAGUCUGAAUGGGUUGUACCACCACCGUUUGGAGGUAUGAAGCAACAGCAUCGACCAUCAGCGACGACGCACCAAGAUGGACUGGAUAAUUCUUCUGUUGAUGACGCUGAUCUGCUGGUCGGAGGUGAACGGUCACUUUCUCACAGGUGGGAGGAGUGACCUGGUGGUAAUGUCUCAGAUCAAAGACCCGGUGGAAGCCUCGCUAGAAGAUGUCCGCUGCUACAAUUUCUCCGUGGGGAUGCCUCCCCGACAAGAGUUUUACUCGCCUGGACAUCCGGCCAAUUAUCCGGCUAAAGUCGACUGUCUGCUCGUCCUCAAAGCCGAGCCUGGCUUCGUGAUUCGUGUCGAUUUCCGUGACAUGUUCGAUAUCGAGCCGCAUGAACAUUGCCUGUACGACUUUUUGGAGAUCCGUGACGGGGCUCACGGCUAUUCUACACUGGUGGGUCGAUAUUGCGGCCGGACUUUCCCCCCCGUCAUCACGUCGUCGGAGCGACACCUGUGGCUUCGCUUCACUACGGACGAUAACAUCGAGUACACCGGUUUCAGGGCCGUGUAUCAAUUCCUGCCCGACCCUGCACCCAGGAUACCUGACCAAGGCUCCUGCCGAUUCCAGGUGACCGGAUUGGAUGGCACUUUUAGCCGGUCGGAUGUUCCCGAGGAGAUGGUCAAUCAUUCGAAAGAUUUCCAGGUGCCGCUGGACUGCACCUGGGUCAUCACCGUGGCCGAAACGCACAAAAUUCAGUUGAGUUUCCCGAGUUAUGCGCUGAUGGCGCCCAACGAGUGUGACCUCAACUUUAUUGAAAUCUUUGGCGAAAUGACAGACUUACGCCAUCGCUUGCGUCUUUUCUGCGGUUCUAAAAUUGAUAUUGUCCUCUCCAAGUCGAAUAUUCUCCACUUGAGGCUCUUUGCUCAUCACACGGCCUUGCGGUCCACUUUCGAGGCUCUCUUCACUGCCGUCACUCUUUAUCGUGAAACUGAAGGAACUGCCAAAUGCAUCGCCUCCGAGUUCGAUUGCGAAGACGCCGUUUGUAUCGACAGUUCACUGCGAUGCAACGGCCGGGUCAAUUGCAAGUUCCGUUACGACGAGGAAAAUUGCAAGGUGGUGCGGAAAAAAGUCAUGUCCUCUGACCACAUUAUUGUCAUUUUGACCAUCUUCUGCCUCACGCUCUUCGGUCUCUGCUUCAGCUGUUUCUUUAAUUGCAUUCGCAAACUCAGAGCCGAUCACACCGAUUACCAGGCAAGGAGAUCGCGAUCGAGAGAGGAUCGACUGGACGUCUUUGACGACACGUCAUCCAAGGCCCCCCAUCAAAUGGCGGGAGGUCUCCCGAUGACUCACGGCAAAAACAAGAGUCGCCAUCAAUCAGGAAGAGGCACAGCCACAACGACGGAUGAGGAAGUGUUCCAGCAGCGACCGCGACAACAGACGUCGACGUCCCGUUCGCUGUCCAGUCCGACGACACCCAACGGAUUUCUCGACUCGUGCGUGAGCAUUGAACACUUUCCGGGGACUUCAGCUGCAGCUGGAAAUAAUAAAAUCUUGGGAGAAGAUCGCCAAUAUCCUGGCAACACUCUCCACGGGCUGGCGGAAUCAUCCGGACGCGAUAGCGACGAGGACGAAGACGUCGACGAAGACGACGACGAUGAAGAAGAGGAAGUUGAAAUGGUCGAUCACGCUUGCCAGACUCGUGAGUCUCUCUUUGACAAUAAAAACGGGGAUCCAGUGAUGGCGACUGGACCGACGCCGGAUCAGCAGCAGCAGCAGCAACAGCCUCGGCAGUCAUAUGGGUUGACGAGGAGCCCUGCUACUACGGCACCGAUCCAGCCGCAACCAUCCAGCCGAGUUCAGUUACCUCUACCCGACAGCAGUCGCUACAAAGCGGAGAGAACGAUAGAGAUCGCUCAAAGAUCGCCAACCGCCCCUCCAUUAUCGCCAUCGACAGCUGACGCCCGGAUCAUGUUCAGCAAGAAAGCCAACACGACGACCAGCAGCAGUGCGGCCUCUUCGAAAUCCGGUGCCGAUGUGGUCGUUCUCCACUAGUCAUAUACUUUUAAUUUUCUUUCGAAUUUUGAUUAGGGAUCUACUUAAUUAGGCGAUCUCGGGUUUUUAUUGUGAAGACAACUCGGGAAAAGUUGGUCAAUUCAAAAAACAAAACAAAAAGAACAACAUUGAGUGCGUGUGAGUGUGCGUGUCCGAGGUCCCAUCUCAUCAUUAUCAACGAAGAGGGACCAACCGACCAACCAAACCGAUAGAAAAACAACAACACCCAUUUUCUCCUUAUAUACCCUUCUUUUUUAAAUUCUAAUUCACGUUUCACACACAUUACACACAUUGCGUUUACGACCUUUUAUUGAUUGGUUUGAAGGAAGAAAAACAAAAAUAUUGGUUAUUUUGUAAAAAAGGAACAAAACACGUAUUAUAAUCCUCUUUGUGUUGCCGGGUUAUCUUUUAAUUCAAUUUAAAAAAUUCAGUUACCUGUGCCAACGAAUCGAUAUGCUACCCCCUUCACACCUGUAAAUGUGAGACGUCAUCGUCACCCCACUUUCCUUUGUUUAUAUCAAUUGAAAUGCCAAGCGACAAGAAAGAACGAGUUUGAACAGAAUGAACAUAUACAUUAAAUAGAAACUGUGUAUUUAGACAUGUGUUUUUGAGAGCGCGGAAUUCUGUGUAUUAUUAAUUAUUCAUUUAAUUUGAACACUUUACCGUGUGUCUUGGAUUGUCAUUCGUCUCAGUGCCCCUCCCAUUUCUUUUCUCUUUUAAAUAUGGCGUGUAAAACAGUCAUGGAUUGACUCCUCUUGACAAAUAAAUUGACGGUGGCACAUU